CGCCGUUAAGGACCCAAUCGUGGAGGACAAUGGCGUCCAACUUAAGGAAGUCAAACGUGGCCUCCACUAGCUACAAGAGAAAGGUGGGUCCUAAGCCUGAACUCACAGAAGACCAAAAGCAAGAAGUCCGGGAAGCCUUUGACCUCUUUGAUUCUGACGGGAGCGGGACCAUCGAUGUGAAGGAAUUGAAGGUGGCCAUGAGAGCACUAGGCUUUGAACCCAGGAAGGAAGAGAUGAAGAAGAUGAUUUUGGAAGUAGACAAAGAGGCAACAGGAAAGAUCAGCUUCAAUGACUUCUUGGCUGUGAUGACUCAGAAGAUGGCCGAGAAAGAUACCAAAGAAGAAAUUUUGAAGGCUUUCAGGUUGUUUGAUGAUGAUGAAACCGGGAAAAUCUCAUUCAAAAACCUCAAGCGUGUGGCCAAUGAGCUGGGGGAAAGUCUCACGGACGAGGAGCUGCAGGAAAUGAUCGAUGAAGCUGAUCGUGACGGCGAUGGAGAAGUGAAUGAGGAAGAGUUUCUUAAGAUCAUGAAAAAGACCAACCUUUAUUAA